AUGACUCGCCAGCACGACCCAGGCCGAAGAGAUUUGGGUGCCGCACCACGUUACCACCCCGCAGCUUGGCACGGCAGCUACUGCGACCGGCGGACGCGCAGACCCGCCGUGGCCGCCGCGCUGGCGGGAGGCAGAAGACGCGGCCGCCGGCGGGCGCACCCCGUGACCCGCCCAACUCCGAGACUCGCAGCCGUGCUUCUAGAGCGGCACGCGGCCGCGGGCAAUGGCCCGGCUCUCCUGCUAGACGCCCGCGGGCCACGGAGACGGAAGGGCAACGCUGCCCCGCGGCCUCGCCCGACGCCCCGUGGCGCGCGGUCGGCCGUGCUGCUUUCAGGGAAAGGGAAGUCCGGGUCCGCGGGAGCCCCGGGGACACCUUUCCAGGACCACGCUCCACGGGAUUUGGGGCUCGCGCGCAGCCGGCCGAAGGAGCGUACGAAAUCCGCGGCCCGUGCACGCAGUUCCCGAGCGCGCGGGGCACAGCGAGCGAGCCCGGAGUGCGUGGCCUGCCGUCCCCAGGGCCUCGGAAGAGGAGGCUGCCCGGGCGCGGCUCCAGAGUCCCGGCGGCGGCUCAGGUGCCGCGCCGCCCGGGGAGCCUUUUCGCAGACCGAGGAGGCGCGAGUGCCUGUCGCUGGUCGGGAGCAGCCCGAGCCGCGGAGAGAAGGCCCGGCUCGUGCGGAGCCUCCCCGGCAGCGCUCGCGGGGGCCCAAGCGCAGCCACAAACCCCACCGGAGGCCGGCGGGCUCGGCGCCGCCACCGAUGCGCGCGCUCGCUGCGUGCGCGCUCCUGGGCCGCGGAGGCGCGGGCGUCGGGGCCGAGGGGCUCGCGACCCCUGGGCGCCGCGGUGCGUGCUUGGUGCGGGGCCGGGGCCUCUCGGUGCUCCCGGGGCCGUUCCGGCAGCUGCGCGCCCAGGCUCCGUGCCGACGCGCGGCCGCAGAGCGCGCGGUUCUGGCUGCCGCACUUUGUCACCUGGGCCGCCGAAGCGCUCCCCGCACGUCAGAGGGCACGGGGGGCGGCGGAGGCUCGUGCCCCAUCCCCUAGACGUGGGCGCGACUCCGCCGGCUGGCUGCCCCGCAGUCUGCCCGCCCGCGUGCUUGCCCCUCGGUGGCCUCCGCGCCCGGGCUGUCCCCGGCCUGGCUGCAGUCCCAGUCCCAGCGCGGUGCUCGCUCGCGGCGCGGGCACGUGGUUCGAGCUCCGGCAGGCUGCUGGCGGGGUCCACCGUCAGGAAGCAGACCCUUGCCCUGGAGAGCAGGUAAAGCCGGGACGUGCCUGACGCCGAGCGCGGGCGCCUUUGUCCCGGAGUGCUGUGAGGAUGUUCAGUGUGGGGGCGCGACAGCCAGCGACCCCGCGGGAGCUGGUGGGGUCCGGAGUGUCUCGCGUGGCCUGUGGCUUCUGCGGUGGGGGAGGGGGCAAGGCCGGCGGCGGAAGGCGCCCCUCGGUCCGGCGCAGUCACCGGGAGGCACUCGUCUUGGCAGGACCCUCUGCCCUGGCGGUUCUCGCGGGUGCUGACGUGGGGCCUCCGCUCCCACCCCCGCCCAUCCCAGUGUGAAAUUCCACGGUCUUGCUGCCUUCUCCCUGGCCGUCCGCUCCGGUCACGCGCCUUGCGCAGAUCCUGGCAAACGCCCUUCAAACCUGUCCUCCCGCCGGCACUGCUGGGUCCCCGCUAGUGGGCCAGCUCCGACGCAGCCGUGGGGGUGUUGGCUUGGGGACUGAGGGUCCAGAAACAGAGAGCAAGACCAGGAGUGCACCUGCUGAGUGAAUGUCCCCUCAGACUUGCACCCUCCCUCCAGUACUCAUUGAGGCUGUAGGACAAGGGGUCAGAUCUUUGCUUGUGGAGCCCGAGCGGACAGCUUUCAUCAGGGGGAACAGGUUUGUGGGAGUGGGAUCUGCCCUUUUGAACUUUUCAGCCUUGUCAGAGUGGACUUCUGCUGGGCCCUGAAGGCAGCUUGAGCUGACCAAGCUCAGGCUUGGGCCAGGAACAUGAGCUUGGUGCUGCCAGCCUGGCUUCCCACCCUCUGGGCGCCCAGCCCUGGCCCAUGGAGGGUGGGGUGCAGGGAGGUGUUGAGGGAUCCUAUGAUGGGAGGGAAUAGGGGGUGGCUGCAGUAGAAAGAUGUCUUUCCGGGGUGUCCUUGGGGGAACCUGGUGGUGUGUUGCUUACUGAGAGGCUGCUGACACUUGGCUAGCUCAUGGUCUUCUUGGAAGUACGGGUCAGCAGCAGAAUCAGAGCGUCGACCGGAGCUUUACCUGUGAAGGCUAUGAAAGUGGAUCUCACACCCUGUGUAUCCCACAGCCCCGUCAUACCCCUGAGGGUCCCACAGCCCCGUCACACCCCUGAGGGUCCCACAGCCCCAUCAUACCCCUGAGGGUCCCACAUAGCCCAUCACACCCCUGAGGGUCCCACACAGCCUGUCACACCCCUGAGGGUCCCACAUAGCCCAUCACACCCCUGAGAGUCCCACACACCCGUCACACCCCUGAGGGUCCCACAGCCCCAUCACACCCCUGAGGGUCCCACAGACGCAGUCACCCAUUUUUGGAAGUGUCCGGCUUGGGGCUGGCGCCAUGGCAUAGUGAGUAAAGCUGCAGCUUGUGUUGCCCACAGGGGCAUGGUUCGAAUCCUGGCUGUUCUAACCUAGCUC